GGCCCUUGCUUUAGUCUCUCUGCUCCCUCCUCAUUCCUUCCAUGCAGCCGAGGAAGUUUGCGGCGGACGGAGCCCGCCAGAGGGGCAGCUAUGGCCGGGGUGCUCUCCUACGAGAGUUUGGUCCAUGCUAUGGCCGGGGCUGUGGGUAGUAUGACAGCAAUGACUGUAUUUUUUCCUCUGGAUACAGCUAGACUAAGGCUUCAAGUUGAUGAAAAACGCAAAUCCAAGACAACACACACGGUUUUGCUGGAGAUAAUAAAAGAAGAAGGCCUCCUGGCUCCAUAUCGAGGGUGGUUCCCUGUCAUCUCCAGCCUUUGUUGUUCCAACUUUGUCUAUUUCUAUACAUUUAACAGUCUAAAAACGGUGUGGGUCAAAGGCCAUCAUUCUACCACAGGAAAAGAUUUGACUCUUGGGGUGGUUGCAGGUAUAGUGAACGUAUUGUUGACUACUCCACUCUGGGUAGUGAACACCCGCCUGAAACUCCAGGGGGCAAAAUUCAGAAAUGAAGACAUUUUACCAACUAAUUACAAGGGCAUUGUAGACGCUUUUCAUCAGAUAAUAAGGGAUGAAGGAAUCCUGGCUUUGUGGAAUGGUACUUUCCCCUCAUUGCUGUUGGUGUUCAAUCCCGCCAUACAAUUCAUGUUCUAUGAAGGACUUAAGCGGAAGAUUCUGAAAAAGCAGUUGCAGCUUUCCUCACUAGAUGUAUUUAUCAUUGGAGCAAUAGCCAAAGCAAUCGCCACUACGCUCACUUACCCUAUGCAGACAGUACAGUCAAUUUUGCGGUUUGGACAUCACCGACUAAACCCAGAAAACAAGAGACUAGGCAGUCUUAAAAAUAUUCUGUACCUUCUUCAGCAGAGAAUAAAGCGCUUCGGAUUAGUAGGACUCUAUAAAGGGCUUGAAGCAAAGCUGCUGCAAACUGUCCUCACGGCUGCCCUGAUGUUCCUAGUCUAUGAAAAAAUUGCUGCGGCUACUUUCACAAUCAUGGGCUUAAAGCACCCACCAAAGCACUGACAGUGACAUGCUGGCUCUGCAACUCCUUUAAUUUAGGAAAAUAAAAUAGGUUCUUAGGAAGCACAAAAGCAGUAUCUGAGGAAUGACUGGGUUAUACCCUGAAAUCUGCAAUACCUUUUUACUACGUUCUUGUUGAGUGCUUCAGAAUGUGUUUGAAAAAAAAAAGCUCGAAGAGAAAUCCAGAAACUUCAGCUGCCAGUCACUGUAGAUAAACUUUUUUCUUGAACAUUUGUUUUAGGAAGCAAAAUGGAAAAUGAUAUUUCACCAUUUAGCUGGAUAUCCAUAAACUCCUUGGAGGGAGUUUCCUUCCUAUGUAAAAGGAAGUGAGGGUGUUUCUCAUGGUGUUUGUUUGUUUCAUUGUAUCCUCCAUCAUUCAUUCUCCACUUUAUGUCAGAUUGUGUCACAGAUCUGAUAUGGUAUAAUCUCAUACAUAACCGGACCAUUAAAAAAGUUCAUUGAGAACUGUGUUUUGGGUAUAUUCUUUAUUUUGUUGUUCUUUUACUAAUUUGGGGAAGUUUAGAAGAAUUUUUACAUUGGCUUACGUUGGCUUUUGCUGCCUGUUAGUGGCUGCCUGCCCAGUUAGCAUAAGUACUGAAGGUAGGUACUGUAUGAAUACUGUCAGACUGUUGCCGUACACGCUACCUUUUCCAGUAUUUGAAUGUUCUUCAUAGGGGGACGUUUACAGAAUCUCUGUCAAAUGACUGUCCAGCUCUGUUUUAAAAAAUUAAAAGAAAAGGAACCCAAUCCCUUCUGAUACAAUUUGUUCCACUACUGAAAAGGUCUUGUUAAAAAGUUAUUCCCGAUAUCCAAAUGAACUUUGCUUUCUUUUAAUCUAAACCCAUUACUCCUUGUCUUGCCUUCAGGAGCAACAGAAAACAAGUUACCAUCUUUACACUGACAGCUUCUCAGAUAUCUGAAGACUGCUAUCAUAUCCUAUAUUUCUUAUUUAAUUAAACAGCAUGGCAACUUGUUUCAAUCUUUCCCAUACAAUUUAAUUUCUAAACUCCUGAUCAUCUUUGUUACUUCAUCUAAACUCAUUCCAUUUGGCAAUAUUCUUGUUAAAGUAUUUGACUUAGAAACUACUUUUAUUAACAUAUCCAAUAAGUAAGUGAGCCUUUUUUACAGUCACUUCACACCACUAACAUGUACAGUCUGUGAUCCACUGUAAUACCUAUAGUGGUAUUAUAUCUCCAAUUCUAGACAUAGAUUUGGGGUUUUCCCUGCUUAAAUACAAAACCUUACAUUUAUUCAAUUUCAUUUUGUUAAAAUAGGCCCGAUUUUCCAGUUGAUAAAGAUCUUGUUUAAUUUAUCUCCGUCUUUUAGGUUAAUUACCCCUCCCAGUUUUUCAUCAUCUGGUCUAAAAAUUUCCUGGAUCCUACUUUUUACCCUUUUUCUUGUAAUGUCAAAUCGAGCAGAAAAGCUCUCUUGUAUAGUAACUUGAAAAAUUUAAUUUUAAAUUUAAUUUCUGAUUCUUUGUUAAACAAGCAUAAAUGUACUGCAGCAUUGACAUUGUAACUCACUGUUGAAAGGAAAUUUAAAAAUGGUGGGCAAUAAGAAAGAAACUAUAAUUAUUUUCUGUAUAUUGUGUUAAAGUGUACAAAACAUUCCAUGGUUUUUAUUGGUUACUCAUAUUCACGGUUCUUAAACUAAGAACUGCUUGUCUGUGAAAGUUACUAGCAUCUGCUUCUUGGAACAGAUUCUUUGUACCGCUGACUGAUUUUUGCAUUGGCUUUCUCAGGAUUUCAUGUCAUGAAUCAAUAGGCAAUAGAGUCUUAACUUGUGUUCAGUCUAUUUUCCAUAGAUCAAGCAGUAAUCUGUUUCAGUAAUAUAUUAUUGUUCAGUCCUAAAGAUUUACUGUAGAAAAAUGCUUCCUCGCAAAAAACUUUUUGUAAUUCACCCCCAAAAUUGCAGACAAUCAAAUAUAUAUAGUACCAUGUCUAUCUUUUAAAAAAGCGUUCUGCUCUGUCUUUGUAAUAUAACACAUUGUUUGCUUUGUGCCCAUUUUCAGAUUGAAAGAUUUUGAUUUACUUAAAUACAACAUGCUUCAUGAAACUAGAUUGUUGUUAGCCUUACAAGACGUCAGGUAUGUUUAUGUUCUCAGUUGCUGCACUUUACUAAGUAAAACAGAGUCGCUUACCUGUAACAGGUUUGUAUUAAUUCGCAUAAAUAGGGGGAUGAGCACUCUGCCCAGGGUAAUUUUACAACCAAAAAUUGCCAACUCUCUACAGACCUUGUCCUGAAAGGGCCUUCCUGCGCUUCAGACAGAGCGCUUUAAUAAAAAAGCCAGAAGUGUAGUAUCUGGGGGAAAGGUGAUACUACAUAUGUACACAUUGUUCUUUUGUGUAGGCUGUAUCACCUGUAUUGCUCAGAUCCUGCAGUUCAGAUAUCCUCAAGCCACAUGGCAGAACCUGGGGCGUGGACCUUGUAUUGGUGUAGAGCCAGUUUGGUGUAGUGGUUAAGAGUGCAGGACUCUAAUCUGGAGAACUGGGUUUGAUUCCUCACUCCUCCACUUGAAGCCAGCUGGGUGACCUUGGGUCAGUCACAGCUUCUAGCUCUCUCAGCUCCACCUACCUCACAGGGUGUUUUGUUGUGGGGAUAAUAAUAACAUACUUUGUAAACCACUCUGAGUGGGUGUUAAGUUGCCCUGAAGGGCGGUAUAUAAAUCAAAUGUUGUUGUUAUUUGGACAUGCCACAAUAAAUAGUACACUAUGUUGGUCUCUUCUG